AUGUUACCCCUCCGUCGGUCUCUUCUCAAAACUUCAGCAAUCAAACGAUUCUCCAAUACUUCCUUGAGAUUAUUCCACGCUUGCAAAUCAGAUAUGUCCGUUAAAGCCUUCUUCGAUGUGUCCUGGAAAGGACCGGUUCUUGACGCUAAAAACAAGGCUACUGGAGAAAUCAAAGAACAAAGCGGUCGAAUCAAUUUCAAUCUCUACAAUGAUGUAGUACCAAAAACAGCUGAGAAUUUCCGUUGCUUAUGUACUGGAGAGAAAGGCUUCGGUUUCAAAGGUUCUUCUUUCCACCGCAUUAUCCCAGGCUUUAUGCUCCAAGGAGGCGAUUUCAAUAAACAUAAUGGUACCGGUGGCAAAAGUAUCUAUGGUGAGAAGUUUGCGGACGAGAAUUUUACGUUGAAGCACACUAAACCCGGAAUAUUAUCCAUGGCUAACGCAGGCCCAAACACGAACGGCUCCCAGUUUUUUAUCACUACAGUCAUUACGAAUUGGCUAGACAAAAAGCACGUCGUAUUUGGCGAAGUAGCGGACGAAGAAUCUAUGAGGGUUGUCAAAGCUAUUGAAGCUACAGGAAUGGAAAGCGGGGAGAUUCGUUAUAGUCCUAAACCCACUAUUACUAAUUCGGGCGAGCUAAAUUAA